AUGGAGAAGGGCAGAAGUCACAAGAGGGACAAGAUCUUACAACUUACCCUGGAGAUCCUCUACCUGCUGACCGGAGAGGAAGAUGUUGACUUUUUACCGCGAUCAUUUUAUUUUUUAGGAGAUCUUCACAAUGAGGUGGAGGAACACCUGUCCAACUCCUACGUCUCCCCACCUACAGACUCUCCAUCAUAUGUAUUUACUGUUUUUAAGAAGGAGCCCCCCUCAACUGAAGAAGAUCUCCACCAACCUCAUGUCUUCAUACCCAGCCCUCAUACCCAACCUUCAUCUGCUCCUACUAAGGAGAUCCCCCUCUCGGCUGCCAAUCAUCCCCCAUGUUCAGACGGCUGUCAGAGGGUUUCUACUGACAGUGAAAAACCUUCCUCUGGAUCUGAUCAAUGCAUAGCCGAGAACGCCCCUUCCACCAAAGCUCCCAAUGACGAUAAACCCUACGGUUGCUGCGGUUGUGGAAAAAGCUUUGAGACCAAGGCCGAGCUCAUCAAACACCGUAAAAUCCACACUGGCCAGAAGCCGUAUUCCUGCUCGGAGUGCGGCAAAUGUUUUCUCUACAACUCGCAGCUCGUCACCCACCAGCGCAUUCACACGGGCGAGCGUCCGUUCCCCUGGUCCGUGUGUGGAAAGUCCUUCAUUAAGAACGCCCACCUGGUCACCCACCAAAGAUCUCACACGGGUGAGAAGCCUUUUAGCUGCCCCGAGUGCGGGAAAUGCUUUGUCACCAACGCCGUCCUGCGGGCUCACCUGAGGGUCCACAGUGGCGACAAGCCCUUCCACUGCUCCGAGUGCGGGAAGUGUUUUGUCUCAAAGUCCCGCCUCACCAAACACCGGAAGUACCAUAGCCGGGUGAAGCCGUUCUCCUGCUCUGAAUGCGGGAAGGCCUUCUUGAAAAACUCUGACCUCACCCGGCACCUCAGGAUCCACACGGGGGAAAGGCCUUACUGUUGUUCUGAUUGCGGGAAACGUUUCAUCCAAAGGUCGAACCUCCUCUUGCAUCAGCGGACUCACACGGGGCAGAGGCCUUAUUCCUGCGGACAGUGCGGGAGAGGCUUCCAAUCACACUGA